AUCCUGGCCUGGCUGCUCACACUAGCCAACUGCAUCAUGUCUGGUUUCCUGCGCAACAGACGCCCGGAGACGCCACGCAUGACCAUUCAACAAGUGCCCCAAAUGGCCACUGUUGUACAAAUGAGCAGCACCAGACACGUCUCGCCCCAGUACGUGACACCCCAGGGCACCUACCUGCCACCUAACGGAGCCAACAUGACAUACAUGACACCCCAAGGAGGCUACGUGACAUCCUCGGACCCACCUCUGCCACAAUACCAUGACCUGCCUACGGCCCAAUACCAUGACGCACCUCCGCCCCAAUACCAAGACGAACCUCCGCCCCAAUACCAAGACGAACCUCCGCCCCAAUACCAAGACAAACCUCCGCCCGAAUACCAAGACGAACCUCCGCCCCAAUACCAAGACGAACCACCGCCCUAAUACCACGGCAGAGGUCCGCAAAAACGUUGCGUGCUAGGCAGUGGGGAAGAAUACCUUUUUGUGUAGCCGACUGUUUUUAUACUAGGCCAAUAUGACAUU